AUGACGAAGGAGAGUAAAACCAGCUUGGAGGUUGCUCCCCAACCUCCUACACUUGAGACGGGCUCUGUCCAUGGUCCCGACAACAAAGAGCUCAACCGUGUUGCCGAUGAAGCCGCCCAUUACCUCCACGAUCAUGAGCAAGAAUGGGCCAAUUAUGAUCCUUCUGAGGCUGCGUAUGUACUCCGAAAGAUCGACUGGCGGCUGAUGCCCUUGCUGGUUGGCACUAUUACAAUUGCGGCUGUCGAUAAAAUUGUCAUCUCCAACGCUGCGUUGUACGGGAUGACAAAGGACACCCAUCUCAAGGGCCAAGAAUAUAGUUGGGUUGGCUCGAUCUUCUAUUUCGGUUGGCUUGUUGCAGAGUAUCCGAUGAAUGUAGUCUUGCAGAAACUACCUGUUGGCAAAUCUCUGAGUGCUGCUGUACUCAUCUGGGGCGCAAUGGUCAUGUGCUUAGCUGCAGCCAAGAACGCUCCUGGGUUGAUGGUUAUGAGAUUUAUUCUUGGUGCUCUAGAAGCCAUCGAGUUUCCGGCGGUCACGGUGCUGAAUACCAUGUGGUAUAAGAAAUCAGAACAGCCCAUUCGCAUGGCUUUGACCUUCACGGCUUUUUCAUCACUAGUCACAGGUGUAUUGUCGUAUGGUAUCGGGCGUACUCAUACAGCAAUUGCCUCUUGGAGACUAUUAUUCCUGGUUUUGGGUGCGAUUACUAUCGUUUGGGGCGCGAUACUCCUUCUGUUUUUACCGGACUCUCCUUUAAAGGAAAGCUUUUUGAAGGGCAAGGAAAAGUACAUAGCCUUGGACCGUGUCAAGGAUAACAUGACUGGUAUUGAGAACAAGCAUCUCAAAUGGUAUCAAGUGCGGGAGGCCUUCACUGACUAUAAGACUUACCUUUUGUUCUUUUUCUUUUUCUGCAUGAACGUGCCUACGGGCGGUUUGGUUACCUUUGCUGCCCAGAUUGUAUCAGGGUUGGGAUACUCGCCACUUAACACGGUUCUGUUGGGAAUGCCCACCGGGAUGAUCCAAAGUCUGGCUGGCUUCAUGGUGGCUAUUCCUCAGCGAUGGCUGAAGAACAAGCGCUGUAUAUCAUGCGCAAUAUGCUGUCUGGUCCCUCUCGCAUGCUCCAUUCUCAUCAGAAAAUUGCCCUCGGAAAACAAAGUUGGACGGUUACUAUCAUAUUAUUUCUUCUACUUUUUCUGGGGACCCUACGCGACAGCUCUGUCACUACCUAUGGCAAAUGUCUCCGGUCACAGCAAGAAGACGACAAUCAACGCUACCGUAUUUCUAGCUUAUUGUAUUGCCAAUAUUGUUGGGCCUCAAGUCUUCAUCUCAACGGAGGCACCUGCUUACACCACGGGAUAUAAUUCCAUCCUCGGCUUCGAGGUUGCCGCUAUUCUUUGUAUGCUUGGAUAUAUGGUUGGAUGUAUCAUCGAAAAUCGAAUUAGAGACAAGAGGGAAGGAACUAAUGUCGAAGUGACCAUGGACGAGCAGCUUGAGGAUUUGACGGACUAUGAGAAGAGAGGAUUCCGUUAUGUCUAUUAA